AGCAGCACUGCGCAUGCGCCGGAAUAUUUCGCGGGAAAUAAGAAACUUAAUGUUGACGUUUUGAAAAAGAAAAACAUUCCUGUUUACUUGUAGCGAUGUCUGACACCUCGUCCGUUGCUUCGGAGAACACAGUUAACCUCACGGACACGGAGUUGUUGGAGGAAAUUGAGGUGCAGAUAGAUGAUGCUGCGGUGUCGUUGACUCACAUGCUACACGCGACCUCCGUGAUGGCCGUCCAAGUGAAGGAGCUGGCGGACAGAACUUCAGCUAACGUGCAGUUUCUCAAGGCGUGGAGAGAUUUGCUGAAGGGAGGACAUCAUGCCGACAAGCCGGCCGCCCCGGACAGCUGAUGGAUGCCGCAGCGAGUUAUUCGAUCGUACACAUGCAGGCAGUUCUCCCACAUGUAUACAGUUAAUUAAGUACGUUUUGAAAUAUUCCCGUAAUCGUUGCGAAAUAAUGUGUUUGCUUGUGCUUUUCAUGAGACACAGUUGUAACUUAUCAGUAUGGUAUAGUGGAGUUUUUACAAAUCCAGAAAACGUUUUUUUCCCGAGACUUAUACAUGUUAAACGUUGUAUAUGAGAGACUCACAAAAGACUAAAUUAAAAUAUAAUCUCAUAUAGUAACUGAUUUUAUAUGAUAUUUUCUAUCCAUACACUUGCGUAUUUGUAUUUCAUGAUUCAAAUAUGUAAAAGUAUCAGUUUCUCUUCCAUGUAGUUAUUUUAAAAAGUUCAUGCAUUUUUUUUGCAUUCUAGGGAAAAUAAUGUACAAUUUG